AUGCAUGAGGAAAUGUCCCACCUGUCUGGAGUGUACUACUCUCAUAGUAUUCCCUCUGAUUUUCGGUGUGUUGUGGCCGGAGCCGUCAUCAUUGCGUCGGAGUGGAGUUGCCGUGGCAGCCCUGACGGGGCGCAGGAAGAGGGUGGCAAUGGGGAGGGACUGGCGGAUGGGGCAGACCGUGGAUUGGAUGGGGACCCUGAAGGAGUCUGGAGUCCAGACAUUGAGCAGAGCUUUCAGGAAGCUCUGGCCAUCUACCCGCCCUGCGGCAGGAGGAAGAUCAUACUUUCAGAUGAGGGGAAGAUGUAUGGUCGAAAUGAGCUGAUAGCUCGCUACAUCAAGCUGCGAACAGGGAAGACGCGCACACGCAAGCAGGUGUCUAGUCACAUUCAGGUUCUGGCACGUAAAAGGGUACGAGAAUACCAGGCGAGCAUCAAGGCCAUGAACUUGGACCAGGUAUCCAAAGACAAGGCACUGCAGACAGUAGCCAACCUCUCCUCAGCUCAGAUUGUGUCUGCAAGUGUCAUGAAACCCCAGACUCCCUUCCCCCCAUCAGUCAGAUUUUGGCCCGGCACCAUACCAGGACAGCCUGGACAUUCUCAGGACAUUAAGCCCUUUGCACACCCACCAUACACUACACUACCAGCCCCUGUCCCUGCACCUGUCGGUUACGAGCCCCUACCUCCCCCUCGACCUGCAGCUAUAGCAGCUCCUGUAUGGCAAGACAGAACCAUUGCCUCAGCAAAACUACGGCUACUGGAGUUCUCUGCUUUUAUGGAGACCCAGAGAGACAGAGAGACGUAUAAACACCUUUUUGUGCACAUCGGCCCUUCAAACCCAGGAUACAGUGACCCUGUUCUGGAGUCCAUAGAUGUGAGGCAGAUUUAUGACAAGUUCUCUGAGAAGAAGGGAGGCCUGAAGGAACUGUAUGAAAAAGGGCCACACAAUGCAUUCUUCCUUGUCAAGUUCUGGGCGGAUCUGAGCAGUGACAUUGAAGAUGGUCCUGGUGUGUUUUACGGGGUGAGCAGUCAGUACAGUGGAACAGAAAACAUCACGAUCAGUGUCUCCACAAAGGUCUGUUCGUUUGGUAAACAGGUGGUGGAGAAGGUUGAGACAGAAUAUGCACAUAUGGAAGGAGGAAAGUACAUGUUCCGCAUCCAUCGUUCGCCCAUGUGUGAAUAUAUGAUCAACUUCAUCCACAAACUCAAACACCUGCCAGAGAAAUACAUGAUGAACAGUGUGCUGGAGAACUUCACCAUCCUACAGGUGGUGUCUAACAGAGAAACUCAGGAGACUCUGCUGUGCAUCGCCUUUGUGUUUGAAGUGUCCACUAGCGAGCACGGUGCACAGUAUCAUGUGUAUCGACUAGUUAACGACUAGCAGCACGUUGCGUGCCUACAGAGACUUUCUAGAGACUUUGUGAUACAAAGAGCAUAAACACACCGUAUCCCCACUCUACUACUCUAAACACACUCAUUUUAACAGACCAACAGUCACUCUAGUCACACCUGUUGUUAAUGUGUAUGCUUCUUUAUUGCUGCAAAGUGUGCACACAUCUUUCUACAACCUCCCAUGAUGGAAACACUAAAGUGAAAGUUAUAUUUUUGUAGAUUAUCGUUCUUUGUAGAUCAUUUGUCAUAAUCAUCAUAAGUGAUGUUAUCAAGUAUAAUGAUUCAGUCACAGUGAGGUCGCACCCUUGAGCACAACUCUAAAUUCCAUGCUCCAGAUAUCAGGGUUCAUUAUAGGUACAGUGCAUCCAGAAAGUAUUCACAGUGCUUAAAAUUGAGCUCUGGAGCAUCUUGUUUCCACUGAUCAUCCUUGAGAUGUUUCUACAACUUGAUUGAAGUCCACCUGUGGGAAAUUCAGUUUCAGAUUGGACAUGAUUUGGAAAGGCAUACACCUGUCUAUAUAAGGUCCCACAGUUAGCAGUGCAUGUCAGAGCACAAACCAAGCCAUGAAGUCCAAGGAAUUGUCUGGAGAUCUCUGAGACAGGAUUGUAUCAAGGCACAGAUCUGGGGAAGGGUUCAGAAAACUUUCUGCAACAUUAAAGGUCCCAGUGAGCACAGUGGCCUCCAUCAUCCGUAAAUGGAAGAAGUUUGGAACCACCAGGACUCUUCUGAGCGAUCGAGAGAGAAGGGCCUUAGUUAAGGAGGUGACCAAGAACCCGAUGGUCACUCUGAAAGAGCUCCAGCAUUUCUCUGUGGAGAGAGGAGAACCUUUCAGAAGAACAACCAUCUCUGCAGCACUCCACCAAUCGGGCCUGUACGGUAGAGUGGCCAGACGGAAACCAUCAGUAAAAGGCACAUGGCAGCCUGCCUGGAGUUUGCCAAAAGGCACCUGAAGAACUCUUAGACCACGAGAAACAAAACUCUCUGGUCUGAUGAAACAAAGAUUGAACUCUUUGGCCUGAGUGCCAAGCGUCAUGUCUGGAGGAAACCAGGCACUGCUCACCACCUGGCCAACACCAUCCCUACAGAAAAAUGUGGAAAAGUUUAAGCGCUGUGAAUACUUUCUGGAUGCACUGUAUUAGGUUUUACUCUUCAGUGAGAUUCACCCACAAUAUACUAUAUUAAAACAUCAAAGAAGAAACCUGCAAAAACCCAGAAGAUUUUAUAAUGUUUGUGUCAUAUACAAUAAGCUGUGAUGCACUAAAAAAAAUUUUUAAUUUUGAGGAAACUUCCAAGCAUUUACUUCAUAAGUGUGACUAAUCUGGGACAAGUUUGAAUAUAGGUUGGUAAACAAAUCAUGUAAUCAGUGUUAAUGUAACUUUUACAGUUUGUAUUAUGUUUAUAAGGUAGGGACUGGAUGAGCCUGUAAUGGUGUAUUUUCUAUCAGUACUUAAAAGUAGAAUUAUGAUUUUCAUAUGGUUCAGUGGAAACUCUGUCACCAUCUGACAAAGUAUGAGUGUGUCUUUUCCCAGAAUGCAGUGCACUACAUACAAAAGUGCAAGAGUAGCAUUUAUAUUUGGAACACUACGUCUAAGUGUAAAGAGGGCAAAUGUUUUUUUGCUGUUUAAAGGUUUUCAGUGGUACGUGGUGUGGAAGGAAAGAGUUUGAUCAAAUCUCUAUGUGUUUAAUGUCGUCUUUCAAAGUAAAAUAGUUCACAGACAGUGAGUUCACAUCUGGUUUUCAACAGCAUUUGGAAUGAAAUAAUUACUUUUACUGUUCAUAGAUGUACUAUAGUUUUCACUCUGACUGGGUGGACUUGCUGCAGUAUUUCUACCUCCACAUGAGUUGGGAUAAGAAUUAGCUUUGGUUCAUUAGGCCUUAACCUGAGGAACACUCAUGUAUAGGAUGUGUACACUACACUUGUAAUGGUACUGUUUAAAAGCCAAAACAAGGGAAAUUGACUCAAUUUUGUAAAGAUGAACUAUCUCUUUUGUAUUUUACCAGCACUGCUAAAAGUGUUACACUAAACACAAAUGAUGGGUGUUUCGAUUAUUUUCAUUUGAUGUAUGCAAGAGGAUGUAUGGUACAGACCACACUACGGUCACCCACAGAGCUUUGGGACAGAUUUGGUUCAAGGAUUUUAUUGUCAAUUCACCAUAUGUGCAGGACAUACAGAAAAUCGAAAUACCAUUUGUCUUUGUGCCUCAUAACACUAGCAAGCUUUCCAGCUCACAUGCUCCCCCCCCCCCCCACACACGCUUUUGUUCAUAUGUAAUAUUCUGGAUCUCUGGUACAAAUGGCUACCACUUUUUUUUGUUUGUUUGUUUUUUUUGUUAUAGUAAUGCUUAUUUGAAUGUAUCACCUUCUCUUGGCAGGAUUAUCUUUAACCAGCUAAUGACUUGUCUUUUGACUUUGCUGUCAUGAAAGAUAAGAGCCAUCAAGUUUGGUUUUAAAUGAGAUCUCCGUUUAUUUUUCACUGUGUGGUAAGCCAGAAUUGUUUUAUUUCUGUGUCUUGUCUUUGUACUCGGGUGUGCCUUAUCACUCCUGUGGUCAAGGCUGCUCAGUGAAUUAAAUUUGUGCCUUUAUGCUGUAACAAUAAAAAUCACAUGGUGU